AUGUCAUCGUCCGAUAUAUUUGACGUUCUGAAUAUUAAACAAAAAUCCAAGAGUCCUACCAAUGAUUCAUCACCAGGGACUGGAUCCGGCUCGGUCGGUGGUAUAACAACAGGAGCUUCUUCCACAUUGCUUAAUCGUGCACCAAAACCACAAGUUACUGGUAUGCAAAGAGAAUUAUACAAUUUACUAGGAGAAAACCAACCUUCGAUUGUUAUACAACCUACAAGUAAGUUUAAGGAAAGUUUGAAAAGUGUCACCAAAUCUUCUCCAUGGACACAAGCAAGAUUUAAAGCAAAUAAGAGGUUAGUUCUUAGACACUGGGUUAAAGGAUCAAAAGAUCUAUUAGGUGAAGAACCACAGGACUCGUCGUUUGCUAAAUAUGAUCAACACAUGUCGUUACCUGAAUUCACAAAGGAAGAAUACGAAUUAUUUAUGGCUGAACCAGAUAGAGAUAAGAAAAAAGAUGAAAAGAAAGAUACCGGAAAGGAUGAGCAGAAAGAUACUGGAAAAGAUGAAAAGAAAGCUGCUGUAGAAGAUGAGCAGCAAAAAACUGAGAAAUCGGAAGGAAAAGAGUCUCCAAUUACUAAAGAAACUAAAUCAGACGAUAAACCUAAUGCAGAAGAUCCAAAACCUGAUGAAGAUAACGAAACAGAGGGUAAUAAAUCUGAUAAUACUAAACCAGAUGGCGGAAUUGAUGAACAGGAUAAAAAGGAAGAUGAAGCUAGUACCUCUGACGAAAAAAAUAAUGAGGUCGACAGUAACGACAAAAAGGAUACUGACAAUAGCAGUACCAUUGGGAAAACAGUUGGAGAGACCAAUAUUAUGGAUGAUAAGGAUGACAAGGAAACGCCGCAGGAACAAAAACCUGCUGAAUGGACAUAUGAAGAAGUCGAAUAUUUGUUUGGAUUAUGUAGAACAUACGAUUUGAGAUGGUUUGUUAUAAGCGAUCGUUAUUCUUUUAAAGGUAUACAGCGAACCAUUGAAGAAUUAAAGACUGAAUUCUAUAUGGUAUCACGUAAAUAUUUUCAAUCUAAAAACGCAGCGGAUCCAUUACUUGCAUCGUUGGAAUAUCCCUUAGAUAAGGAGUUGGAGAGAAAGAAAUACCUAGAAAGAUUAUUGUCACGUUCUGCAGCAGAGAUUGCAGAAGAAGAAGCUUUAAUUAUUGAAUCUCGUAAAUUUGAAAUCGGUGCAAAGAAAAUGUUAAUAGAAAGAGAAUCUAUGUUACGUUUAUUGGAUUCACCAAAUUCUGAUAAAUCCGUAGCCCAACAUUUAAGUUCACAAGGUAUUUCACAAUUGUAUAGUAGUCUUUUAGCUGACAAGACUAGGAAAAGGAAACAUGAUUCAACUGUUCCUGAGAAUCCAUGGAUGAAACAACAACAACAAUUUGUACAACAAAAACAACAAUUGCAACAGUUACAUGAACGUAAACCCGAUAUUUCGACUGGUACUAAGCCAAAUGCGACUGUCUCUUCUUCGCUUGCUGUAGCUCUACCUCCGAAUAACAAAACAACAACUACCUCAGCUACUGCUCCUUCAGUAACAGCUUCAGGCACGAACAAUAAUUCUAAUAAUGGGGUAACACCGUCAGUAUCGGGGCAAGCUGAUGCACCUCCACCCCAAAAGAAAACUAAGAAACAGAAAUUGGAACAACAGACAGCUCAAAAGAGAAAAACGGAUGUUGCUUAUGCUGAAAACUUAUUGAAGGACUUCGACGAAGAAGAGAAGAAGUCUUUGGGUAUAUCAAUGCAUGGUGAAAAGCUAACUCCUGGUGUAUUUCUCAGAUCAACAAGAAUAUCUACAUUUAAACCUGCCUUACAGAAUAAGGUGUAUGGCGUGUUACAAGAAUUGAAACUACCUAUCAGACCUGCAAUGCCAUCGAAAGCUGUGGUUGAUAAACAAGAGGAGUUAUUGAAACAAAUUGUAGUACUUACUGAUUUGAAAAAGACAAUUGAUAAAUUAGAUGCGGAAAAAGCUGUUUCACAGUAG